GCGAGCUGCACAGCGGGAGGCUUCAGGCCGUGCCCGCGCCGACCUUAAACGCGUGUCGUGGGCACUCUGUCCCCGCGAGCCGUGCCUGCUCCCGGCCCAGCGCGGGCUCAUCCGAGUAGAGGAGGCUCGGCACGUCCCCGCCGGCUUGGCUCAGAGGGGCGGUCGCCCUAGCAGCGGGGUUUCCAGGGACUUCCAGAGCUCAAGCCUUAUAACCACCUGUUGGAGCGGGGCUGCAGCUCCUGCGCUCGCGGUGCACAGCCCGGGUGGCCCCUUUUCUCGCCCGCUGCAAACGGGGUAGCUUGGACCUUAUCCCCAGCGGGGAGGAAGGGGCCGCUAAUCUCUCCAAAGACACUGCGCUUUGACGUGGGCCCACUACGAGCCUGGACCCAAGGGAGGCUCCGCGCUGGGCCUGAAGCAAGGGGUCGGGCAGUUCCUGGCUGAGCACGGCAAGUGGAUGUCUUAUAGAACGACCGGAACUGAGAGGGCACUUAUUCUACCCCUCAUCCCAUUCCCAUACGGGGACACUGGGUCCGAGGAAGACGAGGGGACGUGCCCAAAGUCCCACGGCGCGGGAGGCAGCUGCGGAUCCCACCUCGACCCCCUGCUUAGCGCCCCCUGGCGGGCCGGGGGCUCCGGGAGGCGAGUGCGCCCUGACCCGCGGGGCGCAGGCUGAGAGUGACCCAGCGGCCCCCGCGGCUGUCCUGGACGCUCUUACACGGGACAGGAAUAAUCCGUCAGGACCCAGAGGCCCAGGCCAGCGCUGCCUCCUCCUGGGACGUGCUGGGGCGGCAGCGGAGGGAGAAGCCCGGGACCACCGGGGCAGCUCGGAAAGAGCCGGGAGUGGCUGGAGGCCUGGGUCCCCGUGCGCUGUGUGAGCCGGACGGCCCCUCCUCUCUCUGGACGGGUUGGGCUGGACACGGAUCCCCUGUUGCGGCGUGCGCACAGGACGCGCGGCGGGACUCCGGCGGCUUCUCCACCUUGCGACCCCGCGCCGCCGCGCGACCAUGAGGCCGCGGCCGCAGCUCUGCGAGGCGCUGCUCUUCGCCCUGGCUCUCCAGACCGGCGUCUGCUACGGCAUCAAAUGGCUGGCGCUGUCCAGGACGCCGGCGGCCCUGGCGCUGAACCAGACGCAGCACUGCAAGCAGCUGGAGGGCCUGGUGUCCGCGCAGGUGCAGCUAUGCCGCAGCAACCUGGAGCUCAUGCACACCGUCGUGCACGCCGCCCGCGAGGUCAUGAAGGCCUGCCGCAGGGCCUUCUCGGACAUGCGCUGGAACUGCUCCUCCAUCGAGCUUGCCCCCAACUACCUGCUUGACCUGGAGAGAGGGACCCGGGAGUCCGCCUUCGUGUAUGCGCUGUCGGCGGCUGCCAUCAGCCACGCCAUCGCCCGGGCCUGCACCUCCGGCGACCUGCCCGGCUGCUCCUGCGGCCCCGUGCCAGGUGAGCCACCCGGGCCCGGGAACCGCUGGGGAGGAUGUGCGGACAACCUCAGCUACGGGCUCCUCAUGGGGGCCAAGUUUUCCGAUGCUCCUAUGAAGGUGAAAAAAACAGGAUCCCAAGCCAAUAAACUGAUGCGUCUACACAACAGUGAAGUGGGGAGACAGGCUCUGCGCGCCUCUCUGGAAAUGAAGUGUAAGUGCCACGGGGUCUCUGGCUCCUGCUCCAUCCGCACCUGCUGGAAGGGGCUGCAGGAGCUUCGGGAUGUGGCCGCUGACCUCAAGACCCGCUACCUGUCGGCCACCAAAGUCGUGCACCGCCCCAUGGGCACCCGCAAGCACCUGGUGCCCAAGGACCUGGACAUCCGGCCUGUGAAGGACUCGGAGCUCGUCUACCUGCAGAGCUCCCCCGACUUCUGCAUGAAGAACGAGAAGGUGGGCUCCCACGGGACACAGGACAGGCAGUGCAAUAAGACGUCCCACGGCAGUGACAGCUGCGACCUCAUGUGCUGUGGACGCGGCUACAACCCCUACACGGACCGCGUGGUCGAGCGGUGCCACUGCAAGUACCACUGGUGCUGCUACGUCACCUGUCGCCGGUGUGAGCGCACUGUGGAGCGCUACGUGUGCAAGUGAGGCCUGCCCGGGGGCUCAGAUGGGCUCCUGGGGACCCUCGGAGGCCGGCCCGGGGCUUGGAGACGCCCAUGGGUUUUUGCUUGUGAAUUCCAGAUGCCAGGCAUGGGAGGUGGCCUGUGCUUUGCCUCCGCUUGGAAGCCACCAGGAACAGAGGCCUGGCCGCCCUGGAGUGAGGGCCGGGACAUCAAAGAACACCGACAAGAUUAAAAAUAACCUGGCAGCCUGAGCCCCUGGAGUGCCCAUUUGCUGCUUCCAGCCUGGUCUAAGGAGCCGGGGACAUGGGUUUGGCAAGACUGGUGUGGACUUGACCUUUCACAGCCAGAGACGCCGGCCUCCCGGGAAGGGCGGUCCGCCUGCCCUCCUCAGAAUGUUCUGCAGGCCCAGCCCUCAAGACCCCCGGCCCACCCCAGGGUCCGGGCCUGCUGGGCCCGCCACAUGGAACCACUAGCUUGGGUUGUAAAUGUUUUUUUGUUUUGUUUUUUUCUUCCUCUGGGAUGUGGGAGCUACAGAAAUAUUUAUAAAACAGCUUUGUGUUUGGGGUGGCUUGCCUCAAGUCCUCUUUAUGUAUUUUAUAUAUAUAAAUAUAUAUAUAUAUAAUGAUCUAUAUUUUAAACAAGCUUUUUAAAACCAGCUGUGUGAAAUAAAUGCUGAGCGAACCCUGGC